AUGGGUACAGAAGCGUGUCUAAAGAGACUUCACAGAGAAAUUGUAGAUAUUGGAAAAUCUCCCCCAGAUGGAUGCUCAGCUGGCCCUGCUGAUGAGAAGGAUCUAAUGAAAUGGCAAGGCUGCUUGCUUGGACCUGAUGGUACACCGUAUCAAGGUGGUGUGUUCUUUUUGGAUAUAUUUUUCCCCAUAGACUACCCCUUCAAACCCCCUACAGUAACCUUCACCACAAAAAUCUUCCACCCAAACAUCGAUCAUGACGGUAAUAUCUGCCUUGACAUCCUAAAAUCUAACUGGAGUCCCGCUCUCACCACUUCCAAAAUCCUUCUCUCCCUCCGUUCCCUCCUGAACGACCCUAAUCCUACCGACCCCCUCGUGCAGGACAUCGCCGAUCUGUACAUGAACGAUCAUGAAGAAUACGUGAACAGAGCAAGCGAGUUCACACAGAAUUAUGCUGUUGUCCGAGAAUAUUAAUUUUUUGAAAUUUUGAAAUUUUUG